GUUUCUGCAAAAUCGAAACCGAAGUCUGUUUGCCUGGAAAGGAGCUUGAAAGAAACGAAACGGCGCAGUUUUUGGGGUCGCCUCACUCGCCCUGGCCCGUCUGGUAGGACCUGGAGACGAGCUAAACAACCACCUGACACUUCGUCAACAUCAUCAUCAUGCGGGCAUCUCAGCAGAGGGGGGGUGGGUCCAGGAAUAAGCCCCCCAGGGGACAGUCCUGGUCUCAAGCAGGCAGAGGACAUGGACACUUCUGGCACCCACCAGGAGCUCCUCCUCGAUCAGACGAUGGCAGAUUCCCACAGCAGUCUCAAAGGGAUCCAUCUACAGCAGCUAGGGGGACCCACUACCACUCACGUGGCCAGAGGGGGUCUCACAGAGGGUGGGGACAUGGAACACCUGAUCACCCACAAGGACCACCUCCUCAGUUGGCCGAUGGUGGACCUCGACAGCACUUUCAAAGGGAUCUGUCUUCGGCCCAUGUUAAGAGUGGGUCGUAUAGAGGGAGGGGAUAUUGGAGACCUGAUCGCCCACAGGGGGCUGUCUUUGAAUCAGGAGCUGGUGGGCCUAGACCUUGGUACCAGAGUGGGCCAGAAAGGCACAGCUACCUUCAUGGUGCUACUGUGCAAUCUAAGGAUGGUGGACCCCGACAGCACUUUCAGUGGGGUUCAUCUGCAGCAGCUGGGGGUACUGACUUUCACUCUCAGGACAAAAGUAGGUUUCACAGAGGGAGGGGACCAGGGAGACAUGAUCACCCACAAGGGAGGGGUUCUACUUCUGCCAGAAGAGGACAGUGGAGGUUCAGACAAAACACUAGACAAUCUCCUUUUCAAACCUCUUCAUUCAAUCUCACUGGAGGCCCCACUGGACCCUUGUCAUACAGCAAAUCCAACAGUUGUAGGUCAAAUUUCAGAACACAACAAAAAGGACACCAGAACAUUCAAGCCCAGAUGUGGCCUUCAGUGAGGACAUGCAGUCAACCAAACCUGUCAUACACUCAUAGCCAUUCAAAGGAUUCUGAGAAUCGUGUCAGAAAUAUUUCCAGGAAAAAACAGUUAGAUAUAACUGCACUUGAGAACAUUCUGAAAAAGGAGGCAUCUGAAAUAGUGAUGAUUUUGGCAGCUCCCAACAGUGGGUUGAAGGAACUCCUGAAUAAAGAGGAUCAUACCAAUGCACUGACCGUCAUCACGCUUGAAGUCCUAAAUAAAGCAUGCGGCACUCAAACUUGCAAGGAAAACUUGCGUCACCUUCUUACGACUGUAAAGGAUUCGUCGUUUCUAAAGAGAUCCCUACCUGAGUUGAUAAUGACUGUGGAUGCAGAAUAUGACCAAGGAAACGUGGAACAGAAGUGUUCAAAGCUUGACAAAAUCAUGGUUUUUGAUUUAAACUUACUCAGAGUUUUUCCAUGCAGUACUUUCACUGAUGUGUCCCUAACUGUGGUUCUUCUAGAGAAUGAGUAUGAAAACUGUCAGUCUGCUGGUCGUAAAAUUCCAGAAGAAUCACGGAACUGGUUAAAGACUCUUCAGACAACACUUACCCAACUGCAGAAGAAAAAACUUGAAGGCAUCCUGAUGUCUGACCAGGAUAGCUUUACGAAGAGUGAUCAUACUGAGGACCAGAACUUCAGAUCACUGUCUGUUUAUCCAACCCAUCAAGAUGUGUGCUCUGAUGAGUGGGUAUACAUGGAGACAAGUAACACCUCUGGGAAGUUUAAAGACAGCAGCUCCUAUCUGGACACAUAUUUUCACCUCCUUAGGAAAGGCUUUAUGAAGCCCCUCAGGGACAGAAUCACCCAUCUUCUUAAGGCUGAUGAAAAUGUUGCAUGUGAAGGAAGAGUAGAGACUUCCUUACACAGUCAUGUGUACUUUAACACCAGCAUAAUUUUACCAGUUUGCACACGUAGGGGAAUGUUGUACAGAGUUCGGUUUGACACCACAAAACUAAGGACUGUGAAUUGGGAAAGCUCAAAGAAUCUACUUUCUGGAACAUUGGUGUGCCUUUCCAAGGAUAGAUUUGAAACCAUGAUUUGGGCGACAGUGGCUAAACGAGAUGUGCGUGAACUGGUUCAAGGCAUUACACAUCUUUCUUUUACUGAAGAAAGCAGACUGAAGUUGGCAAACAUCUCUCCCUCUGACACAUUUACAAUGGUUGACUCAGCUGUGGAUUCUGAAAACUACUGGUCUAUUCUUGAAGGGCUGCAGGAAAUGGCAACAGAAAAUCUCCCAAUGCAGAAAUACAUUAUUAGCUGUGAAGCUGAUAUUUUGACAGCCAAGUAUUUGGAGAAUAACGAGAAUUUGUACAGUCUUAAGGGACUGAUGGAUUGUCAUGCUCUCAGCAGAGGUAUUUCAGGUCCAGAACAGGGUAGUAUUCAGAAGAUGGGACAAGAAACUCAUAAGGGCAGUGUGAGCAGCUGGCACCUGAAGAACAUUUUAAAUUUAAAUGAGUGGCCAACUAAGGAGGAGCUCAGUUUGGACUACUCUCAACUAAAAGCUCUGCAAGAUGCCUUAACGAAGGAGCUUGCUGUCAUACAAGGCCAACCAGGAGCAGGGAAGACUUACGUUGGCCUCAGAAUUAUCCAAGCUCUCGUGGAUAAUGCCCACAUUUGGGGUGCAGGAGCUGCAAGUCCUAUUUUGGUUGUGUGCCCAAAUAAUCAUGUGCUGGAUGCACUUUUGGAAGGUGUUAUUCAGAUUUUGCCGGAUGCUUCAUGGCUGGUCAGAGUGGGAGGACAAAGCUCCAGCAAUUUUCUAAAUGACCUCUCCUUAGACAACCUGAAGAAAAUGCCUCACAUUAGACAGAGUCUCCCCCAACACCUGAGAUCGAUGCAUUGGCAGCUGUGUGACCAGAGGAUGACGGUCGAGGAGGAACUUGGACAAAUGAUUGCCUCAUUAGAGCAUUCUUCCAAGGGAAUUCUUCAGGAGAAUGUACUGGCAGAAUACAUUAUCACACUUCACAGUGUGGGCCUGGGGAAUGUGGGGUCCGGUGGCCUGGCUUCACCUCAAACAGAUAAACAGAACUCCAAGUCAGUGAUAUUGAAUUGGCUAGGACUCUCCAUUCUCACUGACUCUGAUGAUUUUGGAGAUCAGAUACCUGAAGAAACAUGGAAAACUGAGGAUGAAUGCAGUGAGGAGCAGGGAGAUGUUGAAGACACACAGGAGGAUGACACAGAAGAUGUUAUGAGUGUAGACUACAGUGAUAUUUGGAGUGCAGAGGACAAUGAAGAGAUACUGAGUGUGGCAUCCAGUGGAGAACAAGAUGAAGAGGUUCAUCUAGAACUGAUAGGCUUUGAUGAUAUUGACCCAGAAAACAUGUACCUGUCUGGAAACGAAGAUGACGACUAUAGCAAUGGGAGCGGCAUUCGAGAAUAUGAUGCGGAAGUCAGCAGCAAUGAAGACCGACACUUCUUUGCAAACAGCAUGACAGGAGCAACAAAACAGAUCUUAGCAGAGGAUCAUGAUCCAGAGAGAGCAACAGCAAUGGGAAUUGGCACAGCGGAGCUUGAUAGAAUGACAGAGGGUGGUCAUGGCCGGGAAAAUGUCCAUACAGUGGCCCGCCAGCAGUCAGCCAUUCCUCAGAGAGCAGUUUUUGCAUAUCUCCUUGAGGAGAAGGAGAAGGAAGAGGGGGAAUGUGGACGUAGCGACAAUAUGGAGGUAAUAAGAGAAAUGAAGAGGAGCCUGGAAGCUGUUGUAAAGCAGGAGCUCCACAAGGUGGAUCACAUGCCAGAAGUAGAUGCCAGGCAGAUCACUGACCUUUGGGCACUGCCUUUGAAGGAGCGCUGGCACCUUUACAGGCUUUGGCUCUCAAUAUACCAGAAAGAUGUAAAAGCCGCAAUUAUGGAUCUGGAGAUCCAGUAUGAAGCAAUAGCUAAACGCAUCGAGGAGGUGAGGCUCAUGGAAGAUGAAAGAAUUCUGAAGCAGGCCAAGGUCAUCGGAAUGACUACUGCAGGUGUUGCCCGAUACCGGAAACUACUGCAGGAGAUCAGGCCCGGGGUCAUCUUGGUGGAGGAGGCCCAGGAGGUUCCAGAGGCUCAUGUUGUCACAACACUGACCUCAGCAUGUCAGCACCUUAUACUGAUAGGUGACCGGCAGCAGUUUUGUCCCUGUCCACCUGGGUAUGAGCAAGACAAAACACUACUUUUGGAGCGUUCCUUAUUUGAACGACUUAUUCAAGAAGGUUUUCCAUCUGUUCGCCUUGAAAACCAGCAUCGCAUGCAUCCAGACAUCGCCCAGAUAUUAACACCACACAUCUAUAACAAGCUUAACAACCAAAACUCAGUUGAAGAAAAGAUAAAGGGUGUCACUACAAAUAUCUUCUUUCUGGACCAUAAACACCAUGAAGAAAUCAUGCACAGAGGACAAGGCCACCAGAAUCUUCAUGAGGUCUCUUUCAUGAAGUCACUUUGCCAAUACUUGAUUUACCAGGGGUACAGGGCUUCACAAAUUACAGUUCUCACCCCAUGCGAAGGCCAGAUAGUCUGCCUAAGAAAAUGCAUGCCGAAAAGCACAUUUCUCGGUGUUAAAGUAUGUCUGGUGGAUGAAUUCCAGGGGAGAGAAAAUGACAUCAUCAUAUUGUCAUUAGUCCGUAGCGAUAUGGAGGGUCAGGCAGACCUUUGGAAAAACUCCAAGUACAUUGGCAUUGCACUGUCUAGAGCGAAGAAAGCCUUUUACUGCGUCGGAAACAUGACCGCGCAUUCCGCACUCCCCAUGUGGAGUAAAAUUCUGAGUGCCGCCAGCAGCUGCAGGCAAGUAGGGGAAGCGCUGAUACUGCAUUGUGAAAACCAUCCUGCCAUCAUCACUGCUGUGUCGAAAGAGGACGACUUUCUGAAAGUCCCGCUUGGUGGGUGUUUGCAGCCUUGUAGCUCCAGCCUCAGCUGCGGUCACACCUGCUCCAGGCCAUGCCAUCCCAACUGGGAUCACAAGUGUGGAUACAGUUGCAAUGCAGAAGACGACACAUGGCUGACGAAUCCCCCAAUGAGCCAUGAGCAGGACGCCCCAUACCAUGAUUUGACACGCCCUUGUGGGAAACCGUUGCCCUGUGAGCACACAUGUGCCUAUGACCGAGGGCACUCCAAUGCGUGCUGCUGCUCCCAGAAGGUAAUUGUAGAGCUGCAGUGUGGUCACCAGCAGUCAGUACUGUGCCACGUGUGGCAGAAAAGAGAACAGCAGCCAAUCAAGUGCAUGUCUCGGUGCGAGGCACGGCUGAUCUGCUCACACCAGUGCAGGGGGAAGUGUGGGGCUCCAUGUGUCCCCUGCACAAAGCCCUGCAGAACCAAGUGCUACCACCAGAGGUGCCAAAGGUCGUGUCUGGUGGCCUGCCAGCCAUGCUCGAGGAAGUGCGGCUGGCUCUGCAGCCACUACCACUGCACCAAGCUGUGCCUGGAGCCCUGCGAUCGCCCGCCGUGCUCGAUGCCCUGCCGGAAGCUGCUCAGAUGUCAGCACCCAUGUAUUGGUAUGUGCGGAGAGCCGUGUCCAGGAAAGUGCCGCGUGUGCGAUGCCGAUGAGGUGCGUGAGCUGUUCUUCGGCAGCGAAGCUGACCCGGGGGCCCGCUUCGUGCAGCUCGCAGACUGCCGUCACAUAUUUGAGGUGAGAGGGUUUGACUCAUGGAUAGCAGCCCCAGAGGAGAGUGGGCUCGUUGGGAUGAAGGCUUGUCCCAAGUGUGACGUCCCUAUUCGCCAGAACCUCAGAUGCAACAGAGUGAUCAAAGGGAAGCUGCAUGAGCUGGAAGUGCUCAAACAAAAGGCCACAGUGGUGCUCUCAGCCCAAACUCAAGAUAUGGUGAAGGAGAUGGAGAGUAAAGGCAUAAUGUCCUCUUUUGUCCCCCCUCUGCUCUCCACACUGAAUGAGUUGGAUGUGGACAUCCCUAGGGGAGUCCACAUCAACAAGCAAAUUACCCUUCUCCUCCAGUUAAGUGAAAUAAGGAACAAAAUACAAAUGACCAUGCCCGGCUUCCUUCCAAUAAUCAACUAUCAACUAGAUGUGUUAACUAAAGAGAUCAUCCAGGCAAAUGGUGACCGAGUGCUGGAAUAUGAAUGCCAGGUGAGGAGGAUUACGCUCCUGGCUGAAGCUCAGAAAUUGUCUGGAAAAUAUAUGUAUCCACAGUGCUCACCAGCCAUCUCUGCAGCGACUGCAUGGGAGCAUGAGAAAUUGGAUGCCAUCAUCACUGACUUGAGUGUGAUGCCACUUCUGGAAAAAGAUGUCAAAAAGCUGGAAACAAGUCUAAACGACAUUGCGCGCAACAUGAAGGUACCUCUGAGCAUGAAGUUCCUGGAGGAGACCAGUAAAGUGGCCAUGAAUUUUAGCUUUCUGAAGCUGAAUCACUGGUCAAAGUGCAGUAACAAUCAUAUUUACUAUAAUCGGGGUGCUGAUGGUGUCACAAAGAGUGAAGUGUGCAAUGAGUGUUUUAAAAUGAGAGUGUGAAAUACUGGAAACUUGCAAAUGAAAGCUGGCAUUUCAGAUUAAACUUUUGAAAUGCUAUGGUUCCGAUAAACAGUUGAUUCAAUGUAAGAGUAUUUUAUUUACUGUAGUUAGACAGGGCACAUUAAUGAAUAUUCGGGCAGUUCAUAGUGUAUUGUUCAGAAUGUGCUGCAUUUGGACAAAGUUCACAAUUUUGCCUCACUUCUCUAGCUGUAGUACCCUUGAGCAAGGUACUUUCCUUAAAUGACUACAGUAAAACUACCCACCUGUAAAAAUGGGGUAAAUAAUAAGUUGCUUUGGAGAAAGCUAAAUGUAGUAUGCAAAUUGGGGAACAUGGUAAAUGAAAGAAUCGGUUAAAUUGCAGCUCAUUGUUUAUUGUAUGGGGGUGCAGUGGGUUGCACCGGCUCCUGCUCUCCGGUGGGU